AUGGCGCUAGAACAAUCUCCAACCCAGACUCACGGUGUAGAUGGGAUGCAGGCAGUUGAAAUGAGCCUCAGAAAAGAAGAUGUCUCCCAUCUCGAGCGUGUUCUCUCUCCGAGCUCAGACCUCAAGAAAGACGGCAUCAACAUCUCUCGUGUUGACAAGGAAGUCCAGCAGUACGCCCUGCAAGGACAGGUUGAGAUAGACGAAGCUACCAACAGACGACUCCGACGUAUGAUUGAUCGCCGGGUGUUGGUGGUCAUGAUCUUCACAUACUUCAUACAGGCACUAGAUAAGGGCACCCUGUCCUUCACGUCCAUUAUGGGAUUGCAGGAAGACACGCAUCUGCAUGGCCAACAGUAUUCCUGGUUAACAACAUGCAUCUAUAUCGCUGUGCUCGUUGUUGAGUAUCCGACGAACUGGAUCAUCCAGCGUGUGCCCAUUGCCAAAUACCUGGGCCUCAACAUCUUCAUCUGGGGAUGUAUACUGGCAUUGCAUGCUGCAUGUAAGAAUUUUGCAAGUCUGGUAACCGUACGCACUCUGCUGGGCAUAUUCGAAGCUUCAUGCCAGCCGACAUUUGUGGUGUUGUCCAGCAUGUGGUAUAAAAGAGAAGAGCAAGCAUCGACUGUCACAUACUGGUACAUGAUGAAUGGUGCCCAACAGAUGGUCGGCGGACUGCUGGCGUAUUGCUUCAGUUUGAUAGGAAAGGAUCGAGUGCUCAAGUCAUGGCAGGCGCUGUUCAUGACAUAUGGCUGCAUGUCUGUCCUUUGGGCAUUGUUCGUGAUCUGGUGGAUGCCUGACUCUCCCAUGCGAGCCAAAUGUUUCACGGAGGAAGACAAGCAUCUGAUGGUUGAGAGAGUACGUUCGAACCAGACAGGCCUGCAGAACAAAAGUUUCCGGGCGUACCAAAUAUGGGAGGCGUUUCGUGAUCCUCAGACAUGGUGUUAUUGUGCCAUCCAGAUGUUCACGACUCUUCCGACAAGUGGUCUUGGUGCGUUCGCCAACAUCAUCAUUAGCGGAUUCAACUUCACCAUUCUGCAAACCCAACUGCUUGCGAUGGUGCUGGGCUUCUAUAUCAUUGUCGUCCUGCUCAGUUCAGCCUGGCUGGUCAAAAAGACCGGCCAGAACCUGUUGGUGAUACUUGGGUUUAUUAUUCCAUCCUUCAUCGGAACCAUCGUCCUGAUGACUGUCAAAAACAACAACACGGGCUCCAAAGUCGGACUGCUCAUCAGCUACUACAUCACACUUUCCUUCUGGUCUGCUCAAACUCUGUGCCUGUCCCUGGUCUCUCGCAACAUUGCCGGGCAAACCAAGAAGACGACAGUGAUAGCAGCAACGUUCGUGUCCUGGGCUGCAGGAAACGCAAUCGGUCCUCAAGUCUUCCUCAAACGGGACGCGCCGCAAUACCAUAUUGCAUUUGGCGUCCAUCUUGCCUGCUAUUCCGCUAUGACCAUUGCUGUUAUUUUCCUCCGAUUCUAUCUCAAGCGACAGAACAGCAAAAGGGACCAGAUAUUGGCGGACAGCGGCAUUUCCGAAGUCGAUGCCGAUCCAGAUCUGGCGCAUGCCUUUGAAGAUAGAACAGACCAGGAGAACCUCAACUUCCGCUAUGUCUAUUGA